GUUUCAAAAAAUUUAGCAAUAUGAGUCAUGUUUCUUUUGCCUGUCUAUAGAAAAAAAAAAAAAAAUUAUGUGCUUUUGCCAGUUUUGCCAUAAAUGUUCGAAAAAGUUAAUUUAUGAAUUUUAAGAUAGUGUUGUAUGUCACAUAAAAUUAUUUAGAUUUUUGUUGUUGUUAAGUGUUUGUAAUUGCUUCAGUCCGUGAUAUAUUAUUCCAAGUUUUGGGGGUAAAUUAAAUUAAAAACAGUAAACAAAAUGUCUUUUAAUUACGAAGAAAUAAGCCACAAUGAAGCAAAGGAUCUUCUCCGUCAAUGGAGGGAAAACAAUGAGAGGAGAGGCAAAGAAGUGCUAGAACUUUGGGAUGUGGUUCUCAGAGAAGAUGUAAACAAACUUGGAAACGAGAAACACGUUAUAUUGGAGCAAGUAAUCUAUGCAGCAUUGGACUGUCACAUGUACUGCAUAGCAAUGUUGUGCCUUGUGAUGCUAUCCAAUGAGUUUCCUGGUAGCCUAAGAGUUAUGAAAUUAAAAGCAGCUGUUUUAGAGGCAGAGGAGAAGUUCGAUGAAGCUUUAGAAUUACUGGACAACAUAAUCAAAGUAGAUGAAACUAAUUCAGCAGCACGGAAGCGCCGGAUCGCGAUUCUGAAAGCUCAAGGUUACAUAGUCGAAGCGAUCAAGGAACUUGUGGACUAUUUGAAAAAGUUUAUGUCAGAUGUGGAAGCCUGGCAAGAGCUUUGCAACCUGUACCUUCAGGUUCAGGACUACUCUCGUGCCGUGUUCUGCGCCGAAGAACUACUCCUCCAUCAGCCUCACAGCCACUUGCAUCAUCAGAGGCUAGCUGAUAUUCGGUACACAAUGGGCGGCAUCGAAAAUCUGGAGUUGGCAAAACUGUAUUACUGUCAAUCUGUGAAACUCAAUCCAGAUAAUAUGAGGUCGCUGCUGGGUCUGUACUUGACAACAACAAAUCUACUGAACCACUACAAAUCAUCAGGGAACAGUGGCAAGCGCAAGGAAGUGUGGAAACUGUGCCACUGGGCUCAGUCCAAAGCAACCAAACAAACUCAGCCGACAAGUCAACUGUCCCAGAUGAUGCUAUCGUUGGCCAUAACUGAAUAAAUUAAUUGGUAUUUUUCAUUAUGUUAUGUCUUUUGGGACUCAGCAUCGAGGUUUUUGGGAGUCACAUUAUGUAUGUUGAUAAGUGUAUUUCGGAUUAAUAUCAAUUAGAAAUCUAUUUAUAGUAGCAUUGCUUAGAGGAAUUGCGGAUACCAGGAAAUUGCAAUGAUACCUGGUAACUGUUUACCGCCGGAUUAGCUCUUUCAAUCAAUAUAUACAAUAUCAAAAAUAUAUUUAAAAAAACACAAGGACAAUGUACUACGAUACAUGGAGAAACAGGGCAACAUGUUUUAUAUGAACUUAACACACUCCGCAUUUCCUCUUGAGCUAAUUUCUAGAAAAUAUUUGAUACAUUAAACAUUUCAAUAGAUAUUUGCGAUUGUAUCUAGUUUAAUAAUAUUAUCAUUGGGUUAAAAACAAAUAAAUUUGGUUUGUUUCAAAUGGUACAAUUAACUAUUUACUCUGCACUACCUUUGAUUGACUGGUAGAGAAUGCCUUAGGCAUUAAGUCCGCCAAUGUAAAUUUUACAUGAAGUGUAAUAAAUAAAUAAAUUAAUAAAUAUAUAUAUAGUCUUGGAUGGUUACUUGCAUAAUUGUGAUGUGUGUAUAGUUUGGUUUAAAGUAAUGUAGAUCAAUAAAAUCUGGUGGAAAUACGAGACCAGGUAGCUUUAGUUUUAAUAAAUAUAACCAAGAAAUCUGACUAUGAACACCGGCGAACUUCGAUAUCUAUUGACCUCCUGAUAAGCAAAUUACUUCACAGUAUUCGUGUGAGAUGCUAAGGUACGCGCCUAAGGUGUUAUUCGUCAACAUGUAUUUGAAUAUUCCUCUAAUAACCGUCUAAUUUGAUAUGAAAUAAUUAUUAAUAUUCAUCGAUAUAAAUUAUUAGCUUGGCUCUUGCAAUCUGUGUUGCCAGUCUCAAGUUUCUGUUUCACUUCUUAUAUUUAAUUUAAAGCAUUUUAAAAUGUUUAAAUUACGUUCUAUAAUUUAAAGACCUAAUUUAAAAUAUUAUGUAAGUAUUUAAAUAAUAAAGUUGUUAAAUUAUAAA